AUGGCAUCGACGUUUAAUCACGCGAAAGAGUUUACGAGCGACGACGAGGGAUCUCCGAGGGCGAUUCUGGAAACCGUUGUUUCGGAGACAGAGUCUGAGAACAGUGGAAUUAGCGAAAGCUUCAAUUCCGUGUCGUCAGAGAAGUCGCCGGCGGAUAGUUACAUGCAGCAGCAAUGGAAGUCUAUGGUCGACGUUUUCAAGUUCAAGUCUGUGCGAAAGUUAACGACCAUUCCUUUGAACAUUCCUAUGUUUGCGGUGAGCCAUGACAUGUCUCGGAAGGGUUUUACCAAGAAACUGGCUCGUAUUAGAAGUGCCGAAGAUAAUAUUGAUAUUGGUGCUAUUCCCUCGAAACCCUCUUGGAGAAACUUUGAUUAUGAAGAGUUGGUAGCUGCUACUAAUGAUUUCAGUUCUGAGAACCUGGUUGGGAAAGGUGGUCAUGCUGAAGUUUACAAAGGCUGCUUACCUGAUGGUCAAGUUAUAGCUGUAAAGAGGCUAAUGAAGAAUGAAAAGGAUGCUGCAGACAGAGCGGGUGAUUUCUUGACAGAGCUUGGGAUUAUUGCACACAUAAACCACACAAAUGCUACACACCUUGUUGGGUUUGGGGUUGAUCGUGGCCUCUACUUUGUCCUACAAUUAGCUCCACAUGGAAGUCUUAGCUCUAUGCUUUUUGGUUCUGAAGGCUUGGACUGGAAGAAACGAUUCAAGAUAGCUCUUGGAGUCGCUGAUGGAUUGCAUUAUCUCCAUAAGGAGUGCCCAAGACGAAUCAUUCAUAGGGACAUCAAGGCCUCCAACAUAUUACUAAACGAAAAUUAUGAAGCUGAGAUUUCGGAUUUUGGACUGGCAAAGUGGCUUCCAAAUAAGUGGGCCAACCACGUUGUGUUCCCAAUAGAAGGAACAUUUGGGUAUUUGGCUCCGGAGUACUUUAUGCAUGGAAUUGUGGAUGAGAAAACUGAUGUAUUUGCGUUUGGAGUUUUGCUAUUGGAGCUCAUAACAGGCCGUCACGCUGUUGAUACGGAUAGUAGGCAAAGUCUUGUAUCCUGGGCCAAGCCACAUCUGGACGCAAAAAAUGUAAAGGCCAUAGCAGACCCCAGAUUAGGAGAGGACUAUGAUCAUAGUGAAAUGCUGCUUCUCAUGUUGACAGCUUCCAUGUGUGUGCACAAUGCAUCCACCAAGCGGCCAUUGAUGAAUAAGGUUGUGCAGCUGCUAAACGGUGAAGAUCCAAGUUUAAUGGACCUUAAGCAAAAUUCAAUUGCACCAAAAUCCCAGUUGUUAGAUGCAUGUGACCUAGAAGAUUAUACUUGCUCGAGUUACCUGAAGGACAUGAAUCGCCACAUGCAACUGAUCAUGGAGUGA